AUGUUUCGUCCUCGCAACAGCACCGUUUCUGCUAGAGUCAGGCCAGGAACAGUCGCAAGGACUUCGCACUCUCCCGAACCAAGAAGAUUAUUAAUGGAACCAGUGUCAUCCCUUUACGACUGUAUCAGCCGGGGCACAAUUCACAUGGAUAAGGCCGCCAAAUUGAUACUGGAGAAGAAGAAAUGUCACACUUUCAAUCAGAGCGUUUAUGAUGAAUUCACAAGAUCUGAAGUGGCUAAUCGAGCCCAGAAAAUGGUUUUUGAUGGGAUUGACAAUGUGGAUGACCCGGUAGAGGAAAUGAGAUUAAACGACGAAAAGUUGAAAGAUCUCCCUUCAGAGAUAGAAGAUGUACUUAUAGACUUUGCGCAGGACGCUUUAGGUUACGGACACGAGGAGUUGGUGCCGGGUUUUGAAGGCGAUUUGGAAACGUCCAGCUUCUACGAAAGCUUGGGAAACAAUGAAGAGGAAAGAAGGAAAGAGCUUUCGCAGAUGAGACAGGAGCGAGCUCAAUGGCGGCCACACCUUUAUUAG